AUGAUCAGCGAGCUCACCUCCUUCCAGCAGUUUGGUGCCACAGCCACGCUAAGCGCUGGCUACCAGUCCGGUACAGAGGUUGCAGCCCUAGGAGUGAAUCAAUCAAGGCGCGUUGAAAAGCAGGAUGGAGUGUACCAAAACCUCCCUCGAGAAGGAGCGCUGCAGCAAGAUGUGGCUCAGGUCCUCCGGCGCUUGGUCAGAGAGCUGGCAGCCAAGGUGGAUGGGGGAGAAGCCGCCUGGGAGAUGCUAUGCCUGCUGAUCCACCGAUCAUGCCAGAAACAUAGCCUGGAUCUGUGGCCUAGGGACAAGGAACAGGUACCGUUAAAAGUCAUCCGUGGAGCUCUGGUUGAUGAAGUCCACCAGCAAUUCAGCCCGUGGAUUUAUCAGGUUACAAGACUAUAUAAGGAUAAGGAGCAUGCUGAAGUAGAAUACACGAUUGGGCCAAUCCCGGUCAAUGAUGGCAUAGGAAAGGAGGUCAUCACAAGACUGACAGCAAAUAUGGUCACAAACCACACUUUUUAUACAGAUUCUAAUGGAAGGGAUUUUCUCAAGAGGGUGAGAGACUACAGGGAAGAUUGGGAUCUUCAAGUGACUCAACCGGUUGCAGGAAAUUACUAUCCCGUCAAUCUCGGAAUGUAUGUAACAGAUGGGAAAUAUGAACUUAGUGUCCUUGUUGAUCGUGCUGUUGGAGCUUCAAGCAUUCAGGAUGGUCAAAUAGAAAUGAUGUUCCACAGGCGUAUACUUUAUGAUGAUGGCAGAGGUGUUGGGGAGCCACUCGAUGAAACUGUUUGCGUUGACAGCAAAUGUGAUGGGCUCGUGGCUAGGGGUACUUAUUAUGUCAAUGUCAACAAGCUUGGACAUGGAGCUCACUGGCGAAGGACACAAGGACAAAAAGUUUAUUCACCCUUUCUUCUUGGUUUCGCUCAUGAGGAUGAGAGCAGUUGGAAAUCCUACAGUGUUGUGAAAGCGAGCAUGAUGGAUGCAAAUUACAGUCUUCCUGAUAAUGUGGCAAUCAUCACCUUGCAGUAUCUCGAUGAUGGUACCACACUUCUCCGCUUGGCACAUUUGUUUCAGGCUGCAGAGGACCCACAGUACUCAGUGAUGGCAAAAGUUGAACUGAAAAAAUUCUUUGGAAAGAGAACUAUCAAGGAAUUGACUGAAACUAACCUGUCCGCCAACCAAAAGAAGUCAGCGAUGAGGAAGCUCAAGUGGAGGGUUGUUGGAGACACUGAAAGUAGUCCUGCCCCAAUUACCGGUAGACCGGUUGACAGUCAAGCCCUUGUUGUCGAGCUGGGGCCCAUGGAGAUACGCACAUUCUUGCUGAAACUGUGAGCUGCAAAAAGAGAGAUAUCUUUAUGUAAUUCCAUACAUGUUCUAGGAGAUCAUUGUGCCUUUCAUUUCUGUGAGCAAGUACCUCCUGAUAGUUAUGUCCUUGUACAGCAAUAAAUGUGCCUAGUCACAACUUUCCCAGCAAAUGUGCCUUCCGUUUCUAUGAA